AUGCUCUCAUUUGACUGCAAGGAGCUGAAGGCCUGCCGGGGAGACCAGGAACUGCUGGGAGAACUGGAAAACCUGCAAGGCCUGAGUGGUUUGGACGGGUUACUGGGGGUGCAGGGUAAUGAAGGAGAUCCGGGUGAUGUUGGUUCCAGAGGAGCUCCUGGAACACCUGGCCGGCCUGGCAAGAUGGGAAAACCUGGGCCUCCUGGGAUCAGGGGAAAGACUGGAGCAGGAGGUUUUAAGGGUAAAACUGGACCAAAAGGAACACAUGGGCCUCCUGGACCAAUAGGGCCAAAAGGUAUUCCAGGACUGAGAGGACAGAAGGGUGGAUAUGGAAAUCUUGGUACAAAGGGUCUCCCAGGUGACACAGGGAUCCUGGGACCAGUUGGGCCACCAGGGCUUAAGGGGAAUUCUGGUUUGCAGGGACCGAAAGGUCAAAUAGGCCAUAAAGGGAAGCAGGGGGACACCGGUCCUCGUGGUCCACCUGGGCGAAAAGGCUUCCAUGGAGCCCCUGGCCACCGGGGAAAAAAGGGAUUGAAAGGUUUCCAAGGCAGGACAGGACCAAAGGGAGUAAAGGGAAAGCGUGGACCUCCAGGAAAACCAGGUGCACCAGGCAAACGCAGGCCUACACAAAGACGCCGAUCAAAACUUGAGCCAAGGCCAGGUCAACGAAAUGUGCUAACGCCCAAAACAAGAACCAGUACAAGAUCUAAACUGAAAAAUGUGCCAAGACCCAGACAAGCACACAGCCUCCUGAAGCAAAGGGAAGGACAGCAAAAAAGGCCCAGGCCGUUGAAGAGGAGAUUUCCUCGCGGAGAUGAAGCAGCGGAGUCUUUCAGUUGGCCCCUGGGAACCAAAGAUGACCCUGCCACCACUUGCCAUGAGCUGGGACUCAUACACCCACAUCUGAAUGAUGGUUACUUUUACAUGGACCCCAACCAAGGCUGUCCCUAUGAUGCUGUGAAGGUGUUCUGUAACUUCACAGCAGGAGGAACAACCUGUAUUGGCCCUUUAAAGUCACAGAUUAAAUUUAGGUGGGAACCAGAAACGCAGAAAUCAAGGUCUCUCCAGUGGUUUAGUCAGCAACAUGGUGGAAACAAGGUAAGAAUAAUUCAUUUAUGGAUUGAAUGA